AUUGAGUGUCUAUAAAAGAGAGUAAAAUUGGAUCAUCUCUCUCAGAAUCUUGCCAAUGGAAUCCAAAUUUGAAACGUUAACCUUAGGAAAAACCCUACCGGUGCCUUAUGUUCAGGACCUGGCUAAGAAAUCAUUGGCUACAGUUCCAUCUAGAUAUGUCAGACCUGAUCAGGACUCUCCAUUUCUACCCAAUUCUUCUUCGCCCGAUCAGGUUCCGGUCAUCGACAUGAACAAGUUGCUUUCUGAAGACUCCGAGUUGGACAAGUUUCACAAUGCUUGUAAAGAUUGGGGUUUCUUUCAGUUGAUUAACCAUGGAGUGAGUUCGUCAUUGGUGGAGACAAUGAAAUUAGAAGCUAAAAAUUUCUUUAAUCUUCCGACUGAUGAGAAAAAGAAAUUUGAUGUAAGAGAUGGAGAAUCUGAAGGGUAUGGCCAAACUUUUGUUGCAUCUGAAGAACAGAAGCUUGAUUGGAGUGAUAUGCUGUACCUCACCUCUCUCCCAGUCCAUUUGAGGAAGGACUAUUUAAUGCCUAAGUUUCCCCUUCCAUUAAGAACUAUCCUUGAAGCUUAUUCAGAAGAAAUGAAAAAUCUUAGCAUGAAAAUAUUGAAUGUAAUGGCAAAAGCUCUAAGAAUAGAACCAAGUGAUGAUCUAGUGGGAGUAUUUGAACCAGAGGGAUGGCAGUCAAUAAGAUUGAAUUAUUAUCCUCCAUGUCCUCAACCAGAGCUUGUUGUGGGCAUAUCUCCUCAUUCAGAUGCCAGUGGAUUCACCAUACUUCUUCAAGCCAACGAAACCGAAGGACUUCAAAUUAAAAAGGAUGGAAAAUGGGUUUCGAUUCAACCACUCGCUGAUGCUUUUGUCAUCAACGUUGGAGACAUGUUUGAGGCUUUAUCGAAUGAAAUUUAUCAAAGCAUAGAGCAUAGAGCAGUCGUAGACUCGGUGAACGAAAGAAUUUCGAUUGCCACAUUCUGUAGUCCUAGAUUGGAUGCAGAGAUCGGUCCGAUGGCGAGUCUGAUUACUCCUGAAACUACACCAUUGUUUAAGAGGUUUUUAUAUGCAGAUUACUUGAAGAACUUCUUCUCUAAUAAGCUCGAUCGCAAAUCACAACUUGAUAAGUUUAGGGUCUAUCCAAAUUAAAGCAUGCGGUCCAAAAUAUUACCUUUGGAUAGCAAUAUUACAAUUAUGCCAUUAUUUUAAUGAUGUGUCAUAAUGUGAUAGGUUUAAUCUACGGAUGAUGUGGUGAACUGAUCUACCUAAGAAUUUCUCAAAAAUAUAAUAUUUGCACAUCUCUCUCUAUGUUUAUACGAAUGAAGAUAAAAAUGUUUCCAUGUCAGCAAACUCAUACCUAAAUUUGAUAUUGAAGAUGAUAAUUAUUUUGUGGUUA